AGGGAGGCGGGGGCCCUGCCCGGCCCCGCCCGCGCCCUCCGCGCCGCACCUGAGCGCGCAGCGGCGUCCCCAUCCCCAUCCCCAUCCUCAUCUUCAUCCCCGUCCUCAUCCUCAUCCUCAUCCUCCCCCCCCCCCCCCCCCCCCCCCAACCCUCCCAUGGCGCUGCCGCUGCUGCUGUGCCUGGCGGCGCUGGGAGCCGGCUGCCGGGCAGGGCCCCCCCCCGGCGGCCCCCCCGGCCCCUCCGCCGAGCCGCCGCUGCAGGACGAGGCGGACAACCAGGAGAACAUCCUCUCGCAGCUGCUAGGUGACUACGACAAGGUGAAGGCGGUGUCUGAGGGCUCCGACUGCCGCUGCAAGUGCCUGGUCAGGCCCCUGGGCCGCGGCGCCUGCCAGCGGAUUAACGAGGGCGCCUUCAGAGCCGAGGACUUCUACACGGUGGAAACCAUCACGUCGGGACCCGGCUGCAAGUGUGCGUGCGUGGCCCCCCCGUCCGCCCUCAACCCCUGCGAGGGGGACUUCAGGCUGAAGAAGCUGCGGGAGGCAGAGAGCACUGACCUGAAGCUGUCCUCCAUCAUGGAGAUGCUGGAAAGUGCCUUCUACGGCUUGGACCUGCUGAAGCUGCACUCGAUCACCACGAAGCUGGUGGGCCGGGUAGAGAGGCUGGAGGAGGGCAUGUCCAGGAACUUCACGCAGGAUGGACGUGGGGUGGGAGCCGCCGCGGAGGAGCCUCUGCAGGAGCCCCAGCGCCGGGAGAACUGCUCCAGCCUCAUCUCCAACAGCCUCCCCGACAUCGAGGGCUCGCUGCAGAGGGACGCGGAAGCUGCCUACGUGCACACCGAGGGCAAGUACGAGGAAAGGUUCCUGAAAGACGAGACCAUCUCUCAGCAGAUCAACUCCGUCGAGUCCCUCCCGGAGCUGCACCUUGCUCCGGAGGAGGAGAAGCCCAAGCAGCUCCUGCAGAGGAAGCUGCGCCUGCGGAGCCGACCUCCUUCCAAGCCCACCAUCGUGCGAGGGGUCACCUACUACAAGGCGCAGUCCAGCGAGUCGGAGAACGACAUCGAGGAGCAGCGUGAGUCAGGUUCAUGGCUCCCCCCAGCAGAAGCAGCCUCGUCCCCCGGGAACGCGUGGGCUCAAAAGGACGAGCUGUUCAGCGGGGACAACACGGUGGAUUUGCUGAUCGAAGACCAGCUCCUGCGGCCCAGCGGGCGGGCAGGCGAGGGCAUGCGGAAGCCAUCCCCGGUGGGGUGGCCGCCCACCCCCAGCAGCGACCCCACCACCGCUGCGCCGGCCACCGUGCCCCUGUCCCCUGCCGCCUCCAUGGGGCUGACGCCGGACCCCACCACCGUGAGCCGGCCGCCCCCCACCCCGGGGACCACGAGCGCCCCAUCAGGGCUGCCCGAGGAGGGGACCCCACAGCUGCCGACAGCAUCAGCCAGCGCGGUGGCACCCACGGCCACCGAGAGCCUGCCUGCAGCCACUAGCCACGUCCCUAGCCCCGCUGUGGCCACCACUGCCCAGACCCCGUGGGACACGGGGACGAGCCCUGAGCCUGGCACGGGGAGCAGCCUGGGACCCCUGGAGCAGGCGAGCACCCCCGAAACGCCGGUCAGCCCCACGAUCCCCGCCACCCCGAAGCAGGCACUGGAGGAGGAGGACAUCAGGAACAUCAUCGGGCGCUGCAAGGACACGCUGUCCACCAUCUCGGGGCCCACCACCCAGAACACCUACGGGCGCAACGAGGGGGCCUGGAUGAAGGACCCCCUGGCCAGGGAGGAGCGGAUCUACGUCACCAACUACUACUAUGGGAACACGCUGGUGGAGUUCAGGAACCUCGACAACUUCAAGCAAGGGCGCUGGAGCAACUCCUACAAGCUCCCCUACAGCUGGAUCGGGACGGGGCACGUUGUCUACAACGGGUCCUUCUACUACAACCGGGCCUUCACCCGCAACAUCAUCAAAUACGACCUGAAGCAGCGGUACGUGGCCGCCUGGGCCAUGCUGCACGACGUGGCCUACGAGGAGUCCACGCCGUGGCGGUGGCGGGGCCACUCGGACGUGGACUUCGCCGUGGACGAGAAUGGCCUGUGGGUCAUUUACCCGGCCAUCAGCUACGAGGGCUUCAACCAGGAGGUGAUCGUGCUGAGCAAGCUGAACGCCGCCGACCUCAGCACCCAGAAGGAGACCACGUGGCGGACGGGGCUGCGGAAGAACUUCUACGGGAACUGCUUCGUCAUCUGCGGCGUCCUGUACGCUGUCGACAGCUACAACAAGAGGAACGCCAACAUCUCCUACGCCUUCGACACGCACACCAACACGCAGAUCAUCCCCCGGCUGCUCUUCGAGAACGAGUACGCCUACACCACGCAGAUAGACUAUAACCCCAAGGACCGCCUGCUCUACGCUUGGGACAAUGGCCACCAGGUCACCUACCACGUCAUCUUUGCCUACUGAGCCCCCCAGCCAUGGCGGGGCACUGCGAGCGAGGGGCCACCAGCACCUUUUGUUAUUAUUAUUAUUAUUUUUAUUAUUAUUAUUAUUAUUUUGUACAAAUCAAAGAGUAAAUGAUUUUUUGUCGUU